AUGCACUUCGUACCUCUUCUCUCACUUCUGGGCCUGGCCGCUUCUGCCUCUGCCACGAUCGGUGCCUCGCAAAUGGUCUCCAAUAUUGAUCAAAUCACCGAGCUCUCGUCUUCUACCAACGACAUCGCUCAAAGCAUCUCGGUUGUGAAUGUUUUCAGCACUGGACCUCAACUGAUCAACAACUUCAAAGACAUCAUUCAGACUGCCACGAAUGACAUUACUGCCAUGAACACCAAGCGCUCUAUUCAUGCUCGCCAGGAAUGUCUCGAUGUCACGGACAUUGAAAGAUGUAUCCAGGACCUCGGAGAAAUUGUGGACGACCCUAGUGAAAUCCUUGGAAGCAAGCGCUUUGUCAAGGUCGAAAAGAAGAGACAGGAUGCUCCUGCCUAUAGCGAAACUGAACAACAGGCUGUUUGCACCGCUUUCAGAGAGUUCGUCAUGAUUCACCAAGAGCUUUUGAGAACCGUCAUUGGCAAGCAUGGCCUUCUGAGCUUGACUCCCUUCACCAAGCCUAUCGCGGCGGUACUCCAGACUCUAGAGGGCGGUGUUGACGAACUUGCCUUCGGGAUCAUCGAUUCUGUUCCCACAUGUGCUCAAGAUGCCACUCAGAACAAGAACAGCCUGGACAGCACUCUUCGGGAUGCUCGUGACAAGUACGACCAGUGA